CUACAGUUUUACAAGGAUGUGAAAGACUGGUGGCUUUUUGGAUUUUACUUCUGCCUGCCUUUGGCCUGCACUGGUGUCUUCUACUCCCUCAUGUCUUGUGAGAUGUUGAGCAAAAGCAACGGCAUGAGGUUGGCCCUCAAUGAUCACAUGAAGCGGCGCCGAGAAGUGGCCAAGACGGUGUUCUGUCUAGUGGUCAUCUUUGCCCUCUGCUGGCUUCCUCUUCAUCUCAGUAGGAUCCUCAAGAAAACCAUCUACAACCAACAAGAUGCGGAUAGAUGUGAGCUGCUUAGUUUCCUUCUGGUUAUGGAUUACUUUGGCAUCAACAUGGCCUCUCUCAAUUCCUGCAUCAACCCUGUGGCUCUCUAUUUUGUUAGCCGGAAAUUUAAGAACUGCUUUCAGUCCUGCCUUUGUUGCUGGUGCCACCGGCCAGCACUUGGCAUCCUCCCAACCGAUGACAAGGGAUCUGUGGGGAAAUGGAAAGCCAACGGGCAGGAACUCGACCGGAGCAGUUCUCACCUGAGUAACAAGUGCAGUUCAACUUAGACCCAGGAAGAAACAAGAUGAGAAAAUUUGGUUGGAAAUUCUGAGAUAGAUAUCUUGGAUACGGGAUCUUGGAUUGGGGUAUUCCUCUUGAACUCAAUUUUCUUCCCCAGAGAUCAGCCUUGAUCUCAAUCAUCUCUUGACUUCUCAAAGGUCAGAUUUCUCAA